AUGGACCUCGAAACUAAAUGCGGGAGACGCGGUCAAACAGGCAGGAGUAAAUUGCAGGUAUCGUCAACUAAUCUGGCCUGGCCCAGAGCGAGAGAAUGGAGGGAACGUCUUAGCCAUCUGCCCCGCAAAAUGGAUCGCCCUGAGGCAAGGGCGCUUCGAAUAUGGACAGACUGCAGACGGGCAGGGCAGAGCGUUGGUGCGGAGACGACCGGGCUGGAAGACGAGUGGGCUGGAGACGGCAAGGUGUGGGCUUUGGGGAUAAAGCUAGCUAGACAGCCACAGUAA